GUCGUCUGCAAUGCUUAGCGCAUAUAAAUAAUUUUAUGAAGCAUGUAGGAUAAAUGGUGCACAUAUUUGUUUUUAAAUAGAAUAAAAAUGGGUUACAGCAUAUCGGUAUGAAGAGACUUGUGCAGCGCAUGUGUCGUCUGCGCAUGUGCGACCCGCCUCCUGCAACCAUCAUGGCGCAGCAAGAGUCGAAUGGAGAUUUUCCAUAUUUACCUUCAGGGGCGGCCGAGGUGAACCGAAUGAUAAAGGAGAACAGUGACUUGUUCUCUGAUUCUCAGUGUAAAGUGUGUAGCGCUGUCUUAAUCUCAGAAUCCCAGAAACUUGCACAUUACCAGAGCAAAAAACAUGCAAGCAAAGUACGCCGGUACAUGAGCAUUCACGGUAACGAGGAGCCCAUUGCAAAACGGUUCAAGUCUUCAGAUGAUGCUACAAGUAUUGUCGACGAAGGGGGCAAAUACAAAGCCUGCAGUGUGUGCAACAUGACAUUCUCUUCCCCAGUGGUGGCACAGUCACAUUACCAGGGUAAAGUUCACUCCAAGAACCUUCGCUUGAAGACCUAUGGUCAGCAGACUCCGGUGUACUCUAAGGGCAGUGCACUGACCCAAGACUUGGCAGACAUCACCACAUCAUCUUCAAAGACAAACAAAAUAUCCAGUGGGUUUAAAGCAUUACCUCAGCCCAAAGUACAGGUGAAGAAGGAUGAAGGGCUACCUAAAGGUGUGCAGGGGCCGGCAGAGCGUGACCCCAACCGCUUCUGCUCCAUCUGCCAGGCCUCCUUCAACAAUCCCCUCAUGGCUCAGCAGCACUACAGUGGCAAGAAACAUAAAAAACACCUGACUAAACAGAAGCUGAUGGAGACCUAUGGGCCGUCCUCUGCACCAGCCUCCACACUGAAGGGCUACCCAUGUACUGUGUGUAAUAUUGAGCUAAACUCCGUGGAGCAGUACCAGGCCCACAUCAGCGGUUCCAAACACAAGAACCAUGUCAGACCCAAGAAAGGGCCAAAUGCAUUUUCGUGCCCACCUGAUAACUACCAGCCCAAUUUCCAGUAUCCGCCCAACCAGGAGGGGCUGGAGGCCGCAGGGGACUGGGACAACUUCAACGAGGGCUAUGAGUGAGAAGAUGCCCUCAGCGUUGGCUGCCCUCUGCUCAUUUGUGACAAGCUUCCUCUGUUUAGGCACAGGUCAAUGUGUGUCUGCACUGUGCAUCUCCUAAUGCCAGCUAUUCACAACAAUACAUCUCUUCCCGUCCAUUGAUUCCUUCUGUCACUCUCACACACAGUUGAAGGGACCACAAUAAACUUCCACAGCUUUUUUUCUCCUCUCCAUAACUGAAAACAACGGAGGCAAAACUUAAGAGUGCUGCUUUUUCCAGUGUUAGGAGUAUGUUUAUUAGUGUUAUGUAUUUGUUUGGUUUACAAAAAUUCAUUUCCACAUACAGAAGCAGGUCCUGGAGGUGGUUUCUGGAGAUGUUUUGUCUUUAUGAUCGAUACUCUUAUUUGUUGCUUUUUAUCUUAAAAUACUCAAGCUCCAUGUUUUGUGUUAAAGGAAUGUCUGUGGAGUUCAAAGCCGUUGAAUUUGAUAGUGUGCAACAUUUGGAAAGUUUUUUUUUUUUUGGGGAGCUUAGAGUGCUUUAUUUCUUAAGUUCUUAAGUCAAUUUUGGAGAAGUCUAUGUAUUUUUAAGCAAUUUUAGUCAUUUAAUCUGUUUAGGCUGGUCAGUAGUUGUCUUUCAUCUUUACAUGGCUCCUUUCCAUUUCCAUAUAAACGUAAAUCUUUAAGUAGGAAGUAUAUUGUAAUUUCAUAUGCUUAGAGAUUUAAGCUAAAGCUUCAGUUCUCACAUCCAAACUGAAUUUGUCUUAGUGAUUAAAAUUGUCCAAUCAUAAAAAAUUAACGCCACUCCAUAAGAGUGAUUUAUUUAUUUAGUGUCCAUUUAGGCACAAACACAUGAGUUCAUCUUGACGUUGUCACAAUGUAGAUUCUUGCAGUAUAUUCUGGUGUGUUACUCUUUUUACAGUCAAACUAUUAAGAAAUUGAUUAGUUUCAAACAUACUUGUAAGAUGAAAACCUUUGUUAGGGUUUAAUGUGAAAACGCUUUCAAAUUACAAGUAGGAAAAGAAAAUGCAACAAGUUUUCGAUGACUGUUGAGCAUAUGUGUAAUGUAUGGCUUGCAUUGUUUAUUUUUGCAAUGUACAUUGCAGAUUGUUCUCGGUAUAAGAGACUGCCAACGCUAAGACAUCAAAUCAGCAAUAGUCCAGUUAGUGUUUAGCACCUCCAUAUUAAGCUUCUGAUUACAAAUGAUUGUUUAAGAGUCUGUUUAUUCGGGGGAAUUGUAUCUUAAGGCAUUGUGAAUGGUUGAAGCGCUACUUUGUCACUAAAGAACCGAAUGUGAGAGACCAUUAAUCUUUUUGUGUUUUCUCAAACUGUAAGAGCCUAGUUUUUUUUUUUUACUCUCUUGAGCCUGUUAUGUUAGAUGUAUGUUUGAUGGGGUGGAAAUUCAUACAGACUCAUAAUCCGUUAUGCUAUUGAACACAAUAGCAGUCAGCAGAAGAACUACUGUAAGUGAGUACAGACAAUUGCUUAGCUUAGGAGCCUGAGAUGUUAUGCUGACAAAUGUUUUUGAAAUCUUAAAGGCUUCUAAGCAGCACAACAGCAAUUACGUGCUGGAUUAGGGCUUUUAAACUUGGUAGCAUUUAUGUUUUUGUUGUCAUUUUGCUUUUAUUGGUCAAUUUUUUUUUGUUUUUUUUUUGUUUUGUUUUUCAACGGACAGUGUGAGCCUAAAAAAUGUAUGUUACUUUUCAUCCAGUAAAUGUUUUGAGAAAACUGUAUUUCCGACAUGUUUUAAUGAACAUACCUGAAAUCA